CUCAGCCUGCACACACCUCUGUCUCUUUCCCUCUGCUGCACUCUGUCAAUCCAAUAGGGUUUGCUCUCCGAUUUUAUUAACCCUACUGAUCCCCUGCCCCAAGCCCCUUCUCCCUUGGGCGAGCCAGUGGGCUUGAUCACAGGUAGCUGCCUUCCUGGCCCUGCCCUGCCCAAGGGCAGCUAUUGGAGGCAAUGGCUGAAAAGGAUGACAAGAAUUUGAAAGCCCUAAAAGAGGUGUGGAGGAGAGCUGAGAAUGCCUUGUGCGCAGACUGUGGGAAGCCAGAUCCUGACUGGGCAUCUCAUACUUUGGGUGUCUUUAUCUGCCUGAGCUGCUCAGGUAUCCACCGCAAUAUCCCUAACAUUAGCAAAGUUAAAUCUUUGAGGAUGGACCACUGGGAUGAGGCCCAGGUGCAGUUCCUGCAGCAGCAUGGGAACGCAGUGGCUAAAGCCACGUACGAGGCUCACAUCCCCAUUUACUAUUACCAGCCAACCCACGCCGACUGCCAAGUCCUGAGGGAGCAGUGGAUACGGGCCAAGUAUGAGCGCAAGGAAUUCACUGAGCCAGGGAGACAGCUGCCGUAUUCCAACGGGCUGAAGGAAGGGAUCCUAUGGAAACGGGGCCGGGAUAACGGGCAGUUCUUACCCCGCAAGUUUCUCUUGUCUGAGCGAGAUGGGUGUCUCAAGUAUUUUGCCAAACCGGACGCAAAAGAGCCCAAAAUAAAUAUUAAAAUUGACACCAUCAAUGCCACAUUCCAGCCAGUAAAGAUCAGGAACCCCAAUGGCCUGCAGAUCAGCUACCUCAAGGAUAACAAGACCCGCAAUAUCUUCCUCUACCACGAGGAUGGAAAGGAGAUAGUGGACUGGUUCAAUGCGAUACGCGCAGUGCAGGUUCAUUACCUGAAGGUGGCAUUUCCCAUGGCCAGUGACAAUGAGAUCAAAAGCCGACUAAUGCAGAAAUUCCUGAAGGAGGGGUACAUGGAGAAGACUGGUCCCAGGCAGAGAGAGGCCUUCAAGAAGCGCUGGUUCACGCUGGAUCACCGCAGACUCAUGUACUUCAAGGAUCCAUUGGAUGCAUUUGCUAAAGGCGAGGUGUUCGUGGGCAGUAGGGAGCAUGGAUACAGCGUCAAGCAAGGGCUGCCAGCGGGGGCUCAGGGCAGCUUCUCCUGGCAGUACGGCCUCACCAUCGUUACCCCCGACCGGGAGUAUCUCUUCACCUGCGAGACAGAGAGCGACCGGCAGGACUGGAUCACGGCCUUCAGUCGGGUCAUUGAACAGCCCAUGACCCCCCAGGAGUAUGCAAGGGAGCAAAUUAGACUGUACCCCUUUAAAUGGAAGACACAUUUCGAGACUGAACAUUCAAAGCAACCAGUCACUGAGACCACUCCUAAGCAAUGUUGUGAUCGAACUGGAGACUGGAAGGGUCUGUCAUCCAAUCGGGCUUUAAAGGUUUGAGUACCAGGAGUGGUGAAGGGUGGGGGAGGGGGUGUUGUCUUUUAAACUUCCGUUAUCGCACCUUACUGGAAAAGGGGAAGCUACCAUAAAAGUGGAAACAGUAAGCACUCAUUCAACAUGGGUGGUUUGCAGGGUGGAGUGCAGCUCUGGCAGGGAGUGUAGUCUAGAAGCAAUUAUAACAUUACAAGGAAACGGCUUCUCAGUUGCUUAGGAAGAAUUGAAUUUUUCUGGAAAUAUAAUGACGUUUGACAUUUUACCAUCAUAAAUCCAGGAAGGACGUUUAGAAAAUUAGUUCUACAGCCAGGGCUGGCACCUUCUUUUUCAUUGACCAUGCCAGCUGCACACAAUAACCCAGUUCAACAACUAUCAAGUCACAUAUUCACAGGCGACCUUCUUCCAAAAUUUUGCUGCAAAGAUUAAAGAACUGGUGUGUAUGUGCAUAUAUAAAUUAGGGAAUCACUGAUACAAGUAUGGGGAAGACACUAUAUGACUAUCGACAGUGUGGCAGAGACUGUUUUCAUUCUGAGCUGUACAUUUUAACAGUUGUGUGCGUUCCAUGAUAAUAAUACCUAGCUCUUAUCUAGCACUUUUUAGCAAUAGACCUCAAAGCACUUUACAAAGGAACAAGUAUAAUUCUCUCCAGUUUACAGAUGGAGAAACUGAGGCACAGGGAGGUGAAGUAACUUGCUCAAGGUCACCCAGAAGACCAUGACAGAGCUGAAAACAGAACCCAGGUCUCCUGAUUUCUAGUUCAAUGUUCUAUCCACUAGGCAACACUGCCUCCAUAGAAGUGAAAUACACUGGAUUGGCAUGUGGGUUCAUGUUCUCCUGCCUGGCCCCAACAAGUAUAACAGCCUGCUACUUAUACAUAAUUAAAGGAGUUCUUCAUUAGCUCAAGCAGUAGAGACCUGUGUUUUGGAUCCUGGAAGUUGCAGGUUCAACCCCUUCUGAUGUCUCCAUGGUUUAUUAUACAAGCAGCAUGUGUAUGUACAUAGUGUCUAUUAACAGGGGCUAACUGGAGUUAAUGGUGCACUCAGUAAUGUAAUAAGCUCAGAAAGAAAUGAAUAAAAAAUCUCACUGUA